UUGUGUCAGUCUGUUAAGUUUAAAAAAGACGGAAUUGUUGCGGAGAAUUUGUCACAUCUGUACCAGAAUCCAGUUUGAAAAUGGCCCACGUCGCAAGACCACUUCGAGUGACUCAUCGCACUGCCCAGACCAUCGAUGUAGAGAACACGGAGAAUGAUUUGCCCAAGAAUGUGGUGCGAAAAGCGGCGCGAGUCCCACAAGUGAGAAGCACCCUUGGCGCGAUCGGCAACAAGAUGACUGCCCAACUGGUCCCCGUUGGAAAGGGCGGCCUCGCCGUCAGCAAACAGAACAAUGCCCCGAAAGAAAAGCCCAAGUCGAACGUGCCAACUGGCAAGCCGGUAGACCAGAAGACCGGACUCACCGUGCGGGACAAGCAGGUGCCGCCGACCAACGGCACGACCAAGCCCUGCGUCAUUCGCCGCGUCGCCAACAUCGUGUCAGCCCCGAAUGCGCAGCAAGCAAAGCCGAAGGUGUCCCUGGCCGCUCCGAAGCCCCAGAUUGCUGUGAAGCCGACAGUCAGGCCCAAACCAGCAGCACCCAAAAAGCAACCAGGCAAGGUGGAGGUACUGGGCAGCCAGCCCGACCUGAGCUGCUUCUCGCAGGAGGAGAUAGCCAAAUUCGAGAGUUUGAACAUCGCUGACUUUGACGACGCCCAGCUUGUGGCCGACUACGUCAAAGACAUUUACUCGUACAUGAGGCAACUUGAGGCUGUGUACUGCAUUCCAGAGGCUUACGUCAGGCAAUGCAAAUUCAUGACGAAUCUAAUGCGUGCGAAAGUUGUUGACUGGCUCAUCGGCGUCCACCACCAGUUCAAGCUGAUGCCAGAGACCCUGUACCUUACGGUUUCAAUCUUUGACAGAUACAUGCUGACAGCCCUGGCGACACCCAAAUCGCAGCUGCAGCUGGUCGGCGUGACGAGCCUGCUGAUCGCGUCCAAAUACGAGGAGAUCUAUUGUCCGACCAUCGCCGACUGCGUUUACGUCACCAACUAUACGUACACCAAGAAGCAAGUCGUGAAGAUGGAGUCGAUGAUCCUGGGCGCCUUGGCCUUCAACAUCGGCCGCCCGUUGCCGCUGCAGUUCCUGCGGCGCUUCACCAAGGUUGCCCACGCCACGCUCGAGGACCACUGCACGGCCAAGUACUUCAUGGAACUGCAACUGGUGCGUCACGAGAUGUGCCACGUGCGACCCUCGCUGCAGGCCGCCGCCGCUAUGUGCCUCUCGUUGUUCGUCAACCUGGACCAAGAUGUGUACGACAAGUACAAGAAGGCUGAACAAAGCCCCUACGACACCCUGAAGCACCUCUGGAGCCCCACGCUGCAAUACUUCUCUGGCUUUUCUUUCGCCGAGGUUGAGGAGGCCGUCAAGCAACUCGCGCCUGUCGUCCUCAAGGGACACUCGUCCGACUUGCAGAACGUCCGCAAGAAGUACUCGUCCAAGAACACGUUUGAGGCAAGCAACAUUGUUGAAGGACGUCUGAACAGGAUCGGAUCAAUGAGGGGAUGAUUUAUGUGCAUUAUGUUACUUUAAGAAAUACUGUAAUUUUACUGAUUGCAUGUUGACUAACGAACAGUUUGAUAGCGCCAGAACUUGUAAAUACAGUUUCUUUGAUUA